AACUAUAAGACUCUUUCUCCGUUGCUGGGUGGCUACAAGAAGCCGCCUAAUUUUCAAAUAUUAAUUCCACAACCUUGAAUCUAUUCGCUGCCUCACCACUCACCAGCCCCCUCUCCUUUGACUCCUUCAAUACCAAUGCUUUAUAAACUAAUCUCUCUGAUCUCUGCGGUUCGGAAAGUCCGACAGUUCAAGCAAUGAAGUGCUUCCACUUCAACAACGGGGAGAGGCGGGACGACGAGGACGGCGUCGUUUCUAGGGCGGCGUCCAAGGUGUCCUGGACGCGCUCGCUGAGCGUGGCGUCCACGGCGAGCACGGCCGUCGACGUCUCGGACGCCAGGGACUUGUCGGACCCGGCAGGGUUCUUCGAGUUCCUGACCCGGCGACGCGCCAACGAUCUGCGCGUGUUCACCUUCUCCGAGCUCAAAUCCGCUAGCAGAGGGUUCAGCCGGGGGUUGCUGAUCGGGGAGGGAGGGUUCGGCUGCGUCUACAGAGGCGUCGUUAGGGUUUGUGAGGGUCCUGAGUCGAAAAUGGAGGUUGCUAUCAAGCAGUUGAAUCGUCACGGUUUCCAGGGGCAUAAAGAAUGGAUUAAUGAGGUGAACUUUUUGGGAGUGGUCAAGCACCCAAAUCUUGUCAAGUUAGUGGGAUAUUGUGCAGAAGAUGAUGAAAGAGGGAUGCAGCGACUUCUGGUCUAUGAGCUUAUGCGUAAUAAAAGCUUGGAGGACCAUCUAUUGGCUCGAGUACCUUCGCCUCUCCCAUGGAUGACCAGACUAAAAAUUGGGCAGGAUGCAGCCCGUGGUUUAGCAUACCUUCACGAGGAAAUGGAUUUUCAGCUAAUAUUUCGAGAUUUCAAAACGUCAAAUAUUCUGCUUGACGAGGACUUCAAUGCAAAGCUCUCGGAUUUUGGACUGGCUAGACAGGGACCUGCUGAAGGACUCAGCCAUGUUUCAACAGCAGUUGUAGGGACAGUAGGUUACGCUGCUCCAGAGUAUGUUCAGACCGGCAGGCUUACUGCUAAGAGUGAUGUUUGGAGCUUCGGGGUGGUUCUCUAUGAACUUAUCACAGGGAGGCGAGCGGUGGAAAGAAACCUACCCCGAAGUGAGCAGAAACUGUUGGAAUGGGUGAGACCCUAUGUAUCAGACUCGAAGAAAUUUCACCUUAUUGUAGAUCCUCGACUUGAAGGGCAGUAUUGCAUUAAAUCGGCUCAGAAACUUGCAUCCCUGGCAAACAAGUGUCUAAUGAAGCAGCCGAAAUGCCGGCCUAAAAUGAGUGAGGUGGUUGAGAUAUUGGGAAACAUCAUUGCUGAGACGUCAACUCAUCAGGAUGAAGAUGCCCCUCAGCCUGUCAAUGAAACCGAAGAAGUGAUGGAAGAAAUCUCAGGGGAGGCUGAGCCUGAGCCCACCAAGCAGGGGAACAUUAAUCGAAAGAAGGUUUUUGAUAUUAGAGAAAUGGUCAGCUUGAGAAACAAAUCAUUUGGCAAGUUAGAUUGGAGAAAUUGGACACCUGGACUGGUGAGAACUUGGUGAUUAAGCUAUCAGCUUCACCCCAUCCAACUUUUCUGGGAUGUAGAUAUAUACAUGUGAUUCCUGGAAACAUACACUUUCUCUCCAAGCUUUGUAUUUUGGAGUGUAAAAAAAUAUUGCUUGCAAUGAAGCUGCAUUUAUGAGGCUGCUUUCAAGUAUCCCUUGAAAUGGAGAGGAAUAAUUUUAUGGUCAAAAUUAGAUUUCACAAAUCUAAUAAUGAAUUUGUUGUUACAUAGUGUAUAUAUGGCCAAAUCAUUAAAAAAAUUUAAAUAAUUUGGCACCAUUUACACUAUUAAUACAACAAAACAAAAUCUUGACCAUAAAAUGGUUCCUUUUCAUUUUGAGAUGGAUCUUAUUCCAAGCUUCAAGUACAUUCUAUCAUAAUUGUUUAGAGUUAGCAAUAAUGAAUAUGAUGGCUAUCUAUAUUCUUCCUA